AUGCUUGAAUUCAUUCUGCUGGAGUCACGAGCUCAGAAUCGUUAUACUCAAAGUGUUUCAGAUGCAGUUUUUCUUCGUAUCACUCCAGACAGACUGCAGCACUUUGAAUAUGAGUCUGUUUCUUUUCAUUGUGAGGGGACUGAUGGUUCCACUCAAUUGAAAGGGAUCAGGAACACUGAGGAAUUUAAGCCGGUAUGUGACAUUAAGAGGACGCCAACGGGGUCCUCCUGCACUAUUGAUAAGAGCUAUUCAGGAGACAGUGGAGAAUACUGGUGUGAGACUGAUGGAGGAGAGAGAAGCAACAGUGCCAACAUCACUAUUGUUGGUGGUUCUGUGAUCCUGGAGAGUCCUGUCCUUCCGGUUAAAGAGGGAGACGCUGUGACUCUGCGCUGUAGAAAAAAGGAAACUUCCUUUGACCUCAAAGCUGAUUUCUAUAAAGAUGGCCACCUCAUCAGAAACAGCUCCUCAGUAGAGAUGACCAUCCACAGUGUUACCAAGUCUGAUGAAGGACUCUACAAGUGCAGAAUCUCUGGAGCUGGAGAAUCAGCAGAGAGCCAACUCACUGUGAUAAACAACAUUUUCAUGAAACAAAAUGAAGAAG